AUGUGGUCCUCAUUCGUCGCGUUGCUGGCACUGUCAGUGAACGCACUCGCUGCUCCCAGCAAAACUUCAACAGUUGCCCGUGUGAAGAACGGCACCAUAGAGGGAGUGCAUUCGCCUUCGUAUAAUCAGGAUUUCUUCCUCGGUGUACCGUUUGCUCAGCCGCCCCUAGGUGACCUCCGGUUCAGGCAAGCUCAGUCGUUGAACACGACCUGGGAGGGGACUCGGGAUGCAAAGGAGUACGCUACACACUGUGUCGGCUAUGGGCUCGACCAAACCUUCUACAAAGCCUCGGAAGACUGCUUAUACCUCAACGUGGUCCGUCCAUCUGGAUAUGACAACAAGAAACUCCCAGUCGCCUUCUGGAUCCAUGGCGGAACAUUCACAAAUGGUGGAGCCGCUGAUCAGCGCUACAACCUCUCUUUCAUCGUCGAGCAGUCCGUCAAGAUCGGCAAACCGAUCAUUGGCGUUUCGAUCAACUACCGUCUCAGCCUCUGGGGAUUCACUAGCUCGAAUGAACUUGCAAGCGAAGGUUUACUAAACAUCGGUCUGAAAGACCAGAGACUGGCGUUGCACUGGGUGCAGGAAAACAUCGAAGCCUUCGGAGGCGACCCAAAGAAAGUCACCAUCUUUGGCGAGUCAGCCGGUGCAGCUUCUAUUGGUUUUCACCUCACUGCUUACCGCGGCCGUGACGACCACCUUUUCCGUGCCGCGAUCCUCCAGUCUGGCAACCCCAUCUUCUAUAACGCCCAACGCGGCGCGAAUGCCACUCAAUCGGCCUUCAACACUGUAGUCUCUCAAGUCGGAUGCGCCUCGUCCUCCAACAAGAUCCAGUGCCUCCGUGACACCCCCUUCUCAGCACUCAACGCAACCAUGAACGGCACGCUCUCCUCAACUGGCGGCUUCGCUCCCGUCACCGACGGCGACUUGGUACAAGACUAUGGCUCCUCGCAGCUCAGCCGCGGUGAGUUCGUAAAAGUGCCCAUAAUCACCGGUACCAACAGCGACGAAGGCGCCUCCUUCGCGCCCUACGGCAUCAACACCACGGCCCAAUUCCAAGCCGCACUCACAGCCAGCAACCUACCCCUUACUCUCCAAACCUCCCUGCUAGCCGCCUACCCCGACGACCUAUCUACCAACGUCAUUGCCGCCCUCGGCAACCAAAGACCCGCUGCCAGCUUCGGCUACCAAUUCCGCCGCGUCGCUACCUACAUCGGCGACCAGCUCUUCAUCGCACCACGCCGACAGACGGCCAAGUCGUGGGCGCAGCACGAGGUCCCCGCUUACGCAUACCGCUUCAACGCCGACCAAGCCGGCUUCGCCCCCGAGCUAGCCAUCAGCCACUUCAAGGAGAUCGGCUUCGUCUUCUACAACCUCGCCGGCGUCGGGUUCCGCCCGGACAUCAAGCCGUUCGAGGGCAAGCCGGAGCGGUACGCGCAGUUGAGUGCGUUUGUGUGCCGCUCGUGGAUCAGCUUUGUGCACGAUCUCGAUCCGAAUGCGUGGCCUGGGCGAGACGGUGUUGUUCCGCUGUGGCCGCAGUAUAGCGUCGAGGACCCGAGUGAUUUUGUGUUCGAGGUUAAUGCCACGAGUCACGUUGAGGCGGAUACGUGGAGGGGGGAGGGGAUUGAGAUCAUCAAUCAGAAUGCCUUGGCCGUGUUUAGCAGGUAG